CACACACACACACACACACACACACACAUGCUCACAGCAUCUUCUGACUGAUGACAAAGGAACCUCUGGGGGGACGUGCCGCGCGUGACCGCGUCCUCUGCGUUGUGCUGCUGCAGAGUCAGACAGACAGGAGGCGGCAGACAGACAGGUCAGUCUCGGUGUGUGUAGGAGGAUGCGCGCGGCGGACAGCAGCAGCUCGCGGUGAGUCGGUACCGGGAGGCAGAGCAGCGCGCGCAGCGGAGAGAUGAGCAGCUCGUGGGGAACCGAGCUGUGGGAUCAGUUCGAUAAUCUGGAAAAACACACAAGCUGGGGAAUCGACUUUCUGGAGAAAUACACCAAGUUUGUUAAAGAGAGAGCUGAGAUCGAGCUAAGCUACGCUAAACAAAUCAGGAGUCUGUCCAAGAAGUAUCACCCUAAGAGAAGCAGAGGAGAUGAGAGCAGGUACACCUGGUGUUUGGCGUUCGCUGCGACUCUCCAUCAGUUGAGUGAAGUCGCAGUACAGAGAGAGGAACUUGCUGAAAACCUGAACUCACAGAUCGUCUGUGAUUUGACACGAUUCACUCACGAGCUGAAGACUGAGAGGAAAACACAUUUCCAAGAUGGCCGCCGUGCCCAACAGCACAUUGAGAGCUCAUGGAAACAGUUGGAGUCUAGUAAACGUCGGUUUGAGCGUGACUGUAAAGAGGCGGAACGAGCUCAACAGGUCUCCGACCGAAUCGACCUCGACAACAAGACGGACGGAGAAAAGCGUUGUUCACUCAAGGUGAGACGGUGAUUCUAGUUUUCUGCUGGUUUCAGGCUCGUCACAACGGCUCAACAUAAACAACAAGCAGCUGAAGAGUCCAGGAAAGACUACCUGACCAGUUUAAACCAGUUUAACCAGGACCAGCACCAGCACUACCACACACUGGUACCAGUCAUAUACCAGCGUGUCCAGGACAUGGAGGAGCGACGGAUCGAGAGAAUCUGUGAAUCGAUGCGUUCGUCAGCAGAAGCUGAAAGGAAAGUUCUUCCUGUGGUCAGUGGCUGUUUGGACGCCAUGAUGGACGCUGCUGAGAGCAUCCAGCCCAGGAUGGACACCCGCCAAGUGGUGGAAGUGUACAAAUCGGGGUUCGACCCUCCAGGUGAUGUCGAGUUUGAGGAUUACAGCGCCACCAUGAGGAGGAGCAUCUCUGAAUCCAGUUACCUUGACAACCGGACUGAGGGCCGGAGACAUGGCAGGAAGUUGUGGCCCUUCUUACGAAAGAACAAAUUGUUGACCCUCCUCUCCUCCCCCCGGCAGCCCCCCCCUCCACCCCCAACCUCACCUUCACCUGGUGACGUGGGUAACUGUCCACAGUCUCCACCCCCUGCCUCACGAGACCCAAUCGCACAGCGACUGAAUGACCUCAUGACCUCUGGUUCAAGAACCAGGAAGCAGUGUCUGCGCAGCCUGAAGAGAGGGCUGUCUCUCAAACUGGGCUCAAGUCCUGCAGACUGUAGUCACCUUUCUCCUGAACAAAGAAGGAAAAAACUUCAGACCAAAAUCAACAACAUCAACGAAGAGAUACAGAACGAGAGAGAGCAGAGGACGGCUCUGAUGAAGAUGAAAAGUGUGUAUGAACACACACCUCAAGGUGACUUGAGCAGCUUAGAUUCUCGACUUGAAGAAGUGAAACAGAAUCUUCAAAGACUUGACGACGAGCUGCAGAGGAAUCAGGCGUGGUUGUCAGAGGUGGACAGCAGCCUGUCUGAUCAGAGCAGUAGAAGACAGAGUGGAGGUUGUGGGUUAAAUUCCCAGGCGACACCGCCAGGCAGCAGCAGCUUGAAAAAGCUGGACAACCGCAGUCCAGCCAGCAGAGAGAGUCCUGACGGCAGUUACACUGAGGACCACAGUGCUGAGCUUCACUUCAAGUCUCGUAGUUCAGAGUUUGAUGAAGACUUUGAUGAUGAAGAACCAUUACCCAGCAUUGCCACUUGCAGGUCUCUAUACCCGUUUCAAGGUCAGAAUGAAGGCACUCUUUCAAUGGUGGAGGGAGAACUACUCUCUGUGGUGGAGGAAGACAAAGGAGAUGGCUGGACCAGAGUACGGAGGAAUCUGGAGGAGGAGGGAUAUGUCCCUACCUCUUACAUCAAAGUCUUCCUGGACACCAGCGCCAAAGGCUUUGUGCAGAGUAGUCGUCUAGUCUAGCACAGUAAUCGACCAAUGAGGACAUCUCGCCACAGGAAGUGAUGUAAAGGAAAGAGCUCAGAGGAAGUGUGGUAACAGCUUUUCAUUUGACAGUUUAAUGCUUCAGAUAUUUCGACCAAUCAGCUCACAGAUGAUUGUCAACUCAUGCUAGUCAAAACAAAACAAAAAAUUACAAUCAUAUAUUAGACCCCAACAAGUAAAGUGUUCCUGUGACCUUCUGGUUAGAGGGCAACCGCCCUACCCCUCAGCCACAUCCGCCCAUAUUCGACUGGUGUGAAGGUUUGAUGAUAUAUUAGACUGAUCCCAAACUCAGAUCAGACAUAAGACAAAUGAGUUUAUUAAAGAUGUUGAUUAUUUGUUGUGAUUAUUGAUCAGUCUGACUGUGACUAGGUUUUCAGUUUUAAUCCAUAAAAACAUCAGUUAAAUUGAUUACUUAGUAAAUCAAUCAGUAUUGAUCCGUGAGCUAAUCAAUAACAUGAAACUGAUACAUUUCCUGACGUCUUAAGAAAAUUACUAAAAUCCUGAUUUAACUAUUUAUUUCUCAUGGUGAUUAAAUGUGUGAUCAGAAUCAGAAUCAGGUUUCUAUGAUUUAUUCAUUUAUUUUCAGAUUCACUGACAAAUAGAUAUCAGGGGUUAAUGUUAGUGUUUAAAAUAUUUUAUUUAACUUGGACACGUUUUAUUUUUCAGAAUUUUUCAGAAUUUUACUUUUUAAUGGUUAUAAAUUAAUGGAUGAAAAUAAUUCUUCCUGUGGGAAUGAAAAAUAAGUGCAUUUGUGAUGUGACCCUAUGCUCCAGGUGGUACAUCCCUGUGAUGUCACAGUAAAGCUCUGCUCUACAGACUGAUGUCACGUUACACUGUAAAAUUGGUUAAAAACAUUUGAACACUUCCUGUUAACCUGCUGACAUUAACCCAGCCCCUCAGAUGUAACAGCCUGUAUUAGCCCAGCCCAUCAUGUUAAUUAAUUCUGUGAAAUGUUAAACUUUUAUUUUAAAGUGAGAUAUUGAUCAGUUAUUGAUUCUUUUUUGAUGGAGACACGAAAAGUAUCUUUUCAACUUCCUGUAUUUUCGGUUUCAA